AUGCUGUGUGAUCCGAGCAAACAACCUCGUCUUCGAAGGCAAUGGACACAAGAUCAAUUUGAGGAUAGUCUCGGAGGUGAUUGGAAUCAAAUGCUUUCUAAGAGACUCGAACGCAUGAUCGGAUACACUCUCCCGUUUUGGUUUGGGAGUAGUUUUGUGAAGAACCAGAGAGUUGCUAUGUAUGAGAAAAAGGGGAUUGAAGUUUCGGCGUCGGCGUUAUUGGAUGUGGAACUCGAUGAGUGGGAUUGA